UCAUUGUUGGAGCGUCUGACCAGCCAUUGGAGGAGCGAGCCGCGGCUCAUGGGCCAGUGCGACGCCUUCAUCUCUCACUCGUGGAGCGACCCGCCCGGGCCAAAGUGGGCCGCACUGAGCGCGUGGGCCGAGGCGUUCGAGGAGGAGCACGGCCGGCUGCCCACCGUCUGGCUCGACAAGCUCUGCAUCGACCAGCGAAACGUGCAGGAGGCGCUCGCGUGCCUGCCCAUCUUCCUGGCGGGCUGCGACCGCCUGCUCGUCCUCGCGGGGCCGACGUACAGCAGCCGGCUCUGGUGCGUCAUCGAACUGUUCACCUUUCUCAAGAUGGGCGCGCCGCUCGAGCGCAUCACCGUCCUGCCCUUCGCCGAGCCGUCGACGCGGCAACGCUCCCGCGCCGUCUCGGACGACGUGCCGGCGCACGCAACCCUCGCGGACGUGGCCGCGUCCUUCGCCUCCUUUGACGCGGCGCAAGCGCGCUGCGCGCGGCCCGAGGACCGGCAGGCGCUGCUCGCGGUGAUUGAGGAGAGUUUUGGCAGCUUUGGAGAGUUCAACGAAUGGGCGAGGCACGUCUUUGACGUCCGUGUCGACGGCGUACACGAGUCGCGAGUCACCACGCUGGAGGCCGGGUGGAGAGAGGAGGAGCGGGGCUCGUGCGGUCUACAGUUGGUCUAGCUCUAGGCGUCCGCGGCGGGUGUGUUCGUGUAGGUUUUACUCUAUCCACGUC